UAUUGUGAGAAAAAGAAAGACUUUGGUCACAGUAAAAUCUAAAUUGAAAAGUAAAAAAUUGCAGCAAUUAAAAUGAUAGGAACACCGAACACGUAUCAUUUGUUGCAAUCCAUCGUGCCCAAAGAAAAUGAGCAAAGACUGAAGGAAAUCGCCCGACAGAAGCAGAAACAAAAGGACAAGUUCACUCAGGAUUUAAUGGAUAACAAUUUGGAACCAAUAUACAAGACUGCCAAGCCUCCAGUUAUCAAGGACGACGAAAACGAUAACAUAAUCCUCGACUUCAUGAAACCAGUAGAUCCUGAAGUGAAGAAAGUGUUGUAUUCAAGCUACCCUGAGGCUCGCCACGAAUAUUUGAAGCUGCGCUACUUGCCUCUGCCCGAAGACAGGUACUACUUCCCGGAAGCCUCCAACUUCGUGUACGGCUGGCACAUGUGGCACGAACGCCGACAAUACGUGGGCUUUGGCAGACAACCCAUCAUAAAAAACUCGUUCUACAGAAGAAACGGCGUGGAAAGAGACCCGGAUUGGUACAAGGAGCCCCACAAGAUGAGCCCCACCACCUGUGGAAAUCUCUAACUUACUUCAGCCUCCCUGUGGACGGCGUUGAAAUUACGGAAGAGCAAGUUGUUCAGCGUCGAAAGAUAAUUGUCAUCAUCCUUGACUGCUUUGGGCUCUUUGUCGAAUAAAGCUUGCAUAAAAUUUGUGAGACGUAUGUUGUCUGAUUUGAGGCUCAACUUGUCGUCUUUAUCCUCGUCAUCCUCACCAACGUUCUCAUUGCACAACAGACCUAAAAUUAUUAUUCGUGUAUUUGUGACCAAUAAACUAUUAAAUUAUUCGUA